AUGCACAUUGAAAGUGAAGAUCUUGGUCUCGAGUUGGCCUCUCGCCUCCGGGAGAAUAUGCAACGAAGUGUCCAGAUGUUGAAAGACAUUUCAAAUCAAGUGAUCUUGUUCAUUCAAGAUGCCAGACAGUCCCUUACCCCACAAAGAAUAGAGCUGGUGUCACCUUCUACUGCCAAUCUUUCGUGGAUGGGCAUCGAGAAUGGCGCUCCACAGUACGCCAUUGGAAAGGCCGUCUGUGAAGAAAUGCUCCACUUCUUAAGUGCUAGAUGGAACGCAGCCAGUGAGUAUAUCGCCACCUACCUUUGGGUUUAG